AAACCGCCGUCAAGGCAAAAGGAUACGGAUCCAGCGGAAAAGAACCACGAAUUCCGUUCGACGGAAAUAUCCUCACCCCCAACUCUCCGUCUGAUCGAGCAGGCAUGUGUCUCGUGAACUCUCCCGCUACCGUCUCCUCGACCUCGUCGCAGCGAGGUCAGAUCGUGUCCCCAGAGUCGGCGGAUCGGCCGCCCCCCUACUCUGACGGAUUCGCCGAGGGCCCGCCCCCGAGCGUCAACACCGGCGAGGAGUCCGAUGGCAGGGCGGCUAAACGCCCUCGCGCGGAGUCCGGCGGCGGCGCGGCGGCCCAGGACGGCAGGGACCGCAUCAGCGAACUCCCGGACGCGAUCCUGGUGUCCAUCCUCUCCUACCUCCCGCUCCGCGACGCCGCCCGUUCGACGGUGCUCUCCUCGCGGUGGCGCCACCUGUUCGACCAAUCUCUCCUGGACUUCAACGCGUGCCAGCCGUUCCCGCCGGAGGGGGGCCGCGGGUGCGACUGGGUCAUCCACGCCAUCGACUCCAUCCUCGCCGCGCCCCGGCACAUCCCCAUCCGCAGCUUCCGCUUCGUCAUGUACGGGAAGGGCUUCAUCAAACACACGGGCACCGUCGCCCGCUGGUUUCGCACCCUCGCGAGCCGUGGCGUCCGGGAACUCGAUGUCGACAUGCUUUACACCGUCCCGAAGCCGCCGCUUCCGGCCUUGCUCCUCCAGUUCGCCUCCCUGCAAACCCUGAGAGUCUGCCACUGCGACCUUCCCGACUACGCGCAGGCGGGCGCGCUGUGGCUCCCUGUCCUCAGGACGCUCGACCUGUCCAACGUCGGCGUGACCCAGCACACCCUGCAGGCGAUGCUGUCGCACUGCCCAUCCCUAGAGUGCGCAAAGCUCAAGAACAUCACCGGUGCCGGAAAGAUCUGCCUCCGGUCCAAGAGUCUGACACGCCUGUACGGUGACUUCGGAAACUUGAAGGAGCUCGUCAUCACGGACGCCCCGAACCUUGAAGAAUUGGUGGGGAUCGGUUUGCCGAGCGGGGCAGCGACACUGAAAAUUGAUUUCGCCCCGAAGCUGCAGGUGCUGGGGUACUUGGGGAAGAGCGUCCGGCCACUUGUGCUACGCGAUACCAUUUUUGAUGGUGGCAUCGUGCAAUCCAGGACCCUGAUGUCCAGCGUGAAGACUCUGGCCAUCCAGGUGCCAUUCUCAGAGAAAGGAUACACGGUCUUUGUUACGCAGUUGCUCAAAUGCUUCCCAUGUCUUGAGGUGUUCUGCAUCGAGCCGGACAAUCGAUCAGAUCCGCGGCGGGUUAAUAUUGAAAACUGGGACACAACAACUUCUAUUCAGUGUGUCGAACAUACUAUUAACAAAUUAGCCUUCGAGUGUUUUGAAGGGGAAUGGUAUCAGUGGGACUUUCUAACCUUUCUACUUGGGAUGGCUAGAGCUCUUAAGAUCGUUGAGAUCUAUUUCCCAAAAAGCAAAGAUUGUUAUAGCAACGGAAGACAACCGGUGAGCAGUAUAAAUAGAGUCUCUCAAGACGUCGAGUUCCUGGUUUUCAGAACUUAUGAGCUGACCAACAACAUGUAUUUGUGUCAUUGUUGUCCCGCACGAUGCCACAAGCAAAACAAAGUUCUACUGCCCUGUGAAAUCUGAUAGUUGAUAAACAGUUUUAAGCAACAGAAGACUAUCGUGAUUGCAACCAAUGGUUAUAUGAAGGUCUCUUCUACCAUUCUGGAUGCCUUAAGUUAAGUUCCUAAUGUUAUUCUGUAUGAAAUCAAGUUGUGAGGCUAUGUUUAGUUCAAGAAUAUUUUGUUUAGCUUAAUAGAAAAAACAUGUUGGCUGUAAGACACUUGGUUAGCUGGACUUCUUGUUGGAUGUGGAUGUGUAUUAACCUGUGCUGUUGCGCAAAAUAAAUCAUAAUGUAUUUAGCAUAUCAAAGUUUUCAUAUCA